AUAUCGUCGGUCGCGUUAAACGCAACUUCAAGUCUCGGCUCCGGCGACUGGAAAAGGGCGGAAGAAGGGACACCAGAAUGUCGGAUUCCAAUUCAGAGACCGGGAACUCUUCCACGUCGGAUGACGAAUGGGGGGCAAGCCAAACUUCAGAAACGGGUCCAAAAUCAAAGACUGACUUGGUGGUCGAGGCGUUGGAAUAUAUGGAUCGUAAAUAUAUGUUUUCAUCGGAGCGCGAAGCCGACGCGGACAAGCACCUGACGAUCGACGAUAUGGGCGAGAAACUCAAACGGUUGGAUGAACUGGAAACGAGCCUUCUGCCUUCAAUGAAAGAGCUCAUCGAUCAACUGUUGGACGCACUCGACAUAAAAGGUUCCAGCGAUUAUCCCGGACCCCAGCCAGACCUAGAUUUGACUUUGGAAAUCUUAUCAAAGCUCGACAAGAAUUUGAAAAGAACGGUAUCCUCGGGCGUCUUCCUUGCUCUCGAAUCGCCUCUACCGGAUGAAGACCAUGACCAUCACCUCAAGAAAGCUAAGAUCUUUAGAUGCACUCAUCUCCUCAGUGAAAUCGAAUGCUUGGUGGUCGACGAAAUCUAUGACCUACUUGUUUGUUGCAUGUCAGUGGUACAAUGGUGUGAAAGCUUAUCUGAUUGUUCAGAUGAGGCUUUACUUCAAAGCGAGGUGCUCCUUUCUCGACGAGAAGCAUUGAUGAGUGCAACUCAAUGUCAACAUGAAAUCGAUCGGCUCAUCAAAUUCUCCCAGAAAUCCGACUUGGCUAUCUUACAAGUGACCUGGCUACCCCCAGCAGAUUUACUCGAUAAAGUACUUGUGAAUUUUACCAACCUAACCAAUCCGAGAUUUGAGCGCAAUGCUUGGAUUGUCGAAGAUCAAAGCCAGGAGAGAGAAGCUCCAAGAGAAGAAAUCGUUCAAGUAGCUAAAUCCACCAUCCCGAUCAUCAAGUUGGCAAGAAUCCUUCUGGGUAAACUGUCGCAGCUAUCCAGGAAGGAAGUCCCGUUCACAUUGCACUCGGCGAUUGACUCGAAGUCAGUUGAUCAAUUAACAUCAGCCCAACAUUCGAUUGCUGUACAGUUAGAUAGAAUCGGAUUCACGUUCCUCAAAAAUCAUCGGACAAAUCAAGCGCUCGAACCCAUCUUCGACCAAGCCCAUGCCGUAGUCAAAAAAAUUUCUUGGAUUGUAGAGUCUCAUUUGGUUGACAUAGCAUUUCACCUCGUUCCUUUACCCCACCUGUUGCUAAAUGGUGUCAAUUCUCCCACUCGUCACUUCAGGGCUCAGUUUUAUCCUUGGAAACAGCUUUGGGAUGUCGCUGUUUCUCGUCUCUUGGAUUUAUUGUGCUCCUUUGAAACUGAACAUUAAUAAGAAUCAUCUGAUUCUCAAGGAGAUCAGGUUAAGAAAGCACAUAUCUGAGGUAUUAAGAUCCUGCCAACUCUAUUGCCUUGAUCAUUUCCCUCACAUUGUAUUUGUUUUAUUUAUUUGUUGCAAAAACACUUAAGCAUAUUACUCCCUAUUUGAGCUAUCUCACUAAAUCAG